CUGGCACAUAAUCUAACUUGGCCGCCACUUGAGACUCGCCUGGGACGGCAGAGACGCGACGACUCUUGAAGCAACCGCUCCUCCCUUCCCCUGCUCUACACCAACCCCCACGGCCGGCCCCAAUCCAACCAGACCCUGCCGCUGGCCUCAGUCGAGGGAGGCGGAGCGGACGCAGCCAACCACUCGGGCGGCGGAGCGAGCUGAUGGCCGGCCCGGGCGCCGACGAGCACCAGAAGCGGCGCCGGGGGCGGCCCUCGCCCGCCGAUCUGCUCCUCAACUGCGACCUGCCCCCUCCGGCCAAACUCUUCGGCCCCCUCCCGACUCUUCUUCACAGAUUGGAGAGCGCGGCGGGGGCGGAUAAGAAGGGCGACGGCGGCAACGAGGAGCUGCGGCGGGCGCUGCGGCUGUCGCAGUCGCGGGCGCGGGAGGCGGAGCGGAAGCUUGCCGCGGCCAGCGGAGGCCUGGCAGCGCUGCUCGUGCGGGACUCGGUGCUGCUCUCGGCGCACCGCCGGUGGGUCAUGAUGCUCGAGGCCGAGAACUCCGCGCUCAGAGCCGCCGGCGCCGAGCCUGAAGAUGAUGAGGAAGAUGGGGAUGCCGCCCGGCGCGGCGUCGCCGCCGCGUGGUGGGUCGCGCUGGCGGUCUGCGUCGUCGGCCUCGCCCUCGGCAACCUCCUGCUCUGAGAUUAACCAUGUAUCCUUAUUAAGUUUCAGUGAUUUCCUUCUGUGAAUCAUGCUCUGAAAUUGAAAAUUAACCAUCCAUCCUUACAGCUUCAGUGAUCCAUAGUUGGGUCACAGUGGCUGAUUGUGUGAGAAUGUUAACAUCUGCUUGAUGUUCUGCAUUGGAAGCUCGUGUUGUUGUAGAUCAAUAGACGAAAUCUGCUUGAUUGGUC